AACACCUUCACACUACUGCACUGCAUGAGACUCCGUCAAAAAUUUUCCAUCAUCACACCAGCUAAGAGUAUUGAUAUGAAGAGCUUCACUCGGGAUCUCUCGGCAUUGAUGAGCUGUCCAGACGUGUCUAAUAGAACGCAGAAAGAGAUAAACAGAUUAAGACUGCAUUUCAGUUGUAAUGCUACAGGUUCUUUGUACCUGACAAAGCAGAACACAGCUGUGAAUCAAAUUAUUCCAUAUGAAAAAUCUAAUUUGGGCUACAAAGUGAAUGCUGCACUUCACAAUAUGCUGCCUGAGGACUUUCCCUGGAGAGGUCAUGCUGGUCUUGGUCGAUGUGCUGUGGUGGGGAGUGGAGGGAUUCUCAAGAACAGCAGUUGUGGAAAAGAGAUUGACAGCGCAGACUUUGUCAUCAGGUUUAACUUGGCUCCCAUUAAUGACAGUGAUGUUGGGUUAAAGACUGAUCUAAUGACCAUCAACCCCACUCAGCUCUCCAAAAGCUACAGAAAUAUGAAGGUGAAUCCAGGUCCGUUAGUGCAGCGUGUAAGUGUGUAUGGCAACGCCUCUCUCAUCAUUCCUGCCUUUGCAUACCCAUUCUGCACUGCAGUGUCAAUCAACACCCUCAAAGUGCUCCAACCAGUCAGAACUCAGCAGCAUGUGGUGUUCUUUAGCCCUGCCUACCUCAAGACAUUGGACCAUUUCUGGAAGAGGCGUGGCCUGAAAGAGAUCCGCCUCUCCACAGGUUUUAUGUUAGUUAAUGUGGCACUAGAACUGUGUGAUGAUGUGCAUAUAUACGGAUUCUGGCCAUUUGACAUCGACCUGCUGCAGCAGCCACUUCCACAUCAUUACUACGACAACAAAGCGCCGCACCAGUUUAUGCACGCCAUGCCAGAGGAGUUCAUCCGCUUGCUACAGCUCCACAGUCAGGGGGCGCUCACACUGCACAUACAGCCCUGUUCAUAA